GGAGCCCGGACCGGGACCGGCGGCGGCGGCGGCCAGCGGUAGAGCCGCCGGGGAUCAUGGCGGAGAGGCUGGAAUGGGUGGAAAUCAUCGAGCCUCGGACCCGGGAGCGCAUGUACGCCAACCUCAUCACGGGGGAGUGCGUGUGGGACCCCCCCGCCGGGGUGCGGAUCAAACGCACCAAUGAGAACCAGUGGUGGGAGCUCUUCGACCCCAACACCUCCCGCUUCUACUACUACAAUGCCACCACGCAGAGGACGGUGUGGCACCGUCCCCAGAACUGCGACAUCAUCCCGCUGGCCAAGCUGCAGACGCUGAAGCAGAACACGGAGUCGCCGCGGGCUUCCACGGAAAACAGCCCCGGCAGGAGCAGCAAUGUCAGCAGGGAGGGAAGCACCAGCUCGUCCUUGGAGCAGGAGCUGGAGGGCAACGAGAAGGUGCAGGAGCAGCGGUCGAGCCGCCAGUCCAGCCAGUAUUCCGUGGUGAAGGAGGAAACGGAAAGUUCGUCGCCUUCCGGAGUGUUCGAGAAGGAGUACGACAUUUAUCGGGAUUACAGCACGGAAGGACAACUCCUGCACUACAGGACCUCAUCCCUCCGAUGGAACGCCGGCACCAAGGAGCGGAUGCUGAUCAAGGUGACGGAUCGGGAGCCCAGCUUCCUCCUCCACCAAGGCAACGGCUACGCCCCGGAAAACCAACCGGGCUCCCGCUCCCGCCGGCCCUCGGGCGGCCAACAGUCGCCCAACCUCCAAACCUUCUCCUCGGACGCCGACAACUCCGUCUUCUUCCCGGAGAGGAAGCAGUCGCCCUUCCUGAAGAGGGCCGAGCACGUGGGCAGCUGCUCGCCGCUGCUGGGCCGGGGCGAUUCCUUCUGCUCGCCGCUCCAAGCCCAGCACCGCAAACAUUCCAGCGAAUCCCAGCCCUCGUCGCCCCGCUACGCCUACGAGCCCCCGCUCUACGAGGAGCCCCCCAUGGAAUACCAGGCUCCCAUCUAUGACGAGCCACCCGUGGACAUGCAGUACGAAGCCAGCGGGAGCUACAAGGCCGGGUCGCCGCAGAAAUCGCCCAUCCGGAAGCCUCACCCUUUCCUUCAGUCGCCCAAGCAAGGCUCCAACUCGCCCUACCAGCAGUUGGUGCUCACCAAGCAGAAGUGUCCCGACCGCUUCAUGAGCCUGGAAUACAGCCCGGCCGGCAAGGAAUACGUCCGGCAGUUGGUCUAUGUGGAGCAGUCGGGCUCCAGCCCCAAGAUGAAGACGGGCUUGAGGCACAAAUAUUCCCCCAACCCCAUCGGCGGCUCCUACUCGCUGCAGCACAGCCCCUGCCUGGUGCGGGACCAACGCCUGGACAUCAAAUCGGGCGACUACAGCAGCAUGGAGGGACCCGACUUCUGCCCCGGCCCCACCGGGGCCCAGGUGGCCCAGGGCGAGGACUCCAUGUCGUGGUCCAGCCAGCAGGACACCUUGUCCUCCACCGGUUACUCACCCUCCACCCGGAAGAGGAAAAGCCGGAAGCCUUCGGUGAACCACGACGCCAACGCCUCCUCCACGGACGGCUCGGGGGAGCGGGAGGUGUUGGGCGAGCUGGGUGAGGAACGAGCCACGCCGGGGCCCAACAGGUCGCCGAUGAACCGGACGGAGAGCAAGGCGGCCGAGGCGGAGGCGGCGCGGGGCUUCCCGGAACCGUUCCUGGCGCAGGCGCGCCUGGCGUGGGAAGCACAGCAGGCCCACUACCACAUGAAGCAACGGAGCAGCUGGGAUUCCCAAAAGGACGGUUCGGGCUACGAGAGUGACGGAGCCCUCCCGCUGCCCAUGCCGGGCCCGGUGGUGCGAGCCUUCAGCGAGGACGAGGCGUUGGCGCAGCAGGAGAACAAGCACUGGAAGAGGAACACCUUCGAGAAGCUGGGCUUCCCCCAGAUCCUGCUGGAGAAGAGCGUCUCCGUCCAGACCAACCUGGCCUCGCCCGAGCCCUACCUGCAUCCAUCUCAGUCCGAGGACCUCGGCGCCUGCGCGCAGUUCGAGAGCAGCCGGCAGACGCGGAACAUGAUGCCGAGCGCCAGCUGCGUCUUCCCCACCUUCAACCUGCGCAAGCCCUCCUCGGAGACGGACAUUGAGAACUGGGCCUCCAAGCACUUCAACAAGCACACCCAAGGGCUCUUCCGGCGCAAGGUCUCCAUCGCCAACAUGCUGGCCUGGAGCAGCGAAUCCAUCAAGAAACCCAUGAUCAUGACCAACGACCGCAACGUCAAGAAGGAGGCGUGCGAGAUCUUCAAGCUCAUCCAGAUGUACAUGGGCGACCGGCGGGCCAAGACGGACCAGCUCAACGUGGCCUUGGAGAUUGCCACCAAAGGUUGGAGCAUGCAGGGGCUGCGAGACGAGCUCUACAUCCAGCUGUGCCGGCAGACCACCGAGAACUUCCGUUACGAGAGCCUGGCCCGCGGCUGGGAGCUCAUGGCCAUUUGUUUGGCCUUUUUCCCACCCACUCCCAAAUUCCAUUCCUACCUUGAAGGAUACAUUUACCGGCACAUGGAUCCGGUGAAUGACACCAAAGUCUCGCGGCACCUCCGGCACCUCCUGGCAAGGACCAAUCAGAAGAAACCCAAAUUGCGAAAGAAACCAAAGCCCCAGAGCGAGGAGAUCCCGGGGGUGGCCAUCAGCACUUACGCCAAGUACUGCUACAACAAACUCCAGAAGGCGGCGCUGACCGGGGCCAAGAAGGGCCUGAAGAAGCCGAACAUCGAGGAGAUCCGUCACGCCAAGAACGCCGUCUUCAACCCGUCCAUGUUCGGCAGCUCCCUGCAGGACAUCGUGGCCAUGCAGAAGGAGCGGUACCCGGACCGGCAGCUGCCCUGGGUGCAGACCCGGCUCUCCGAGGAGGUCCUGGCGCUCAACGGGGACCAGACCGAGGGCAUCUUCAGGGUCCCUGGUGACAUCGACGAGGUCAACGCCCUCAAGCUGCAGGUGGACCAAUGGAAGAUCCCCACCGGCUUGGAGGACCCGCACGUUCCCGCGUCGCUGCUGAAGCUGUGGUACCGCGAGCUGGAGGAGCCGUUGAUCCCCCACGAGUUCUACGAGCAGUGCAUCUCCCACUACGAGAACCCCGAGGCCGCCAUCGCCGUCGUCCACUCCCUGCCCCGGAUCAACAAGAUGGUGCUGUGCUACCUCAUCCGCUUCCUCCAGGUCUUCGUGCAGCCGGCCAACGUGGCCGUCACCAAGAUGGACGUCAAUAACUUGGCCAUGGUGAUGGCCCCCAACUGCCUGCGCUGCCAAUCGGACGACCCGCGGAUCAUCUUCGAGAACACGCGCAAGGAGAUGUCCUUCAUCCGUGUCCUCAUCCAGCACCUGGACACCAGCUUCAUGGAGGGCGUCCUAUAG